GGAACAGAAGACACAGAAUUGACUGUCUUUUUGACCCCCCUUUUUGUCACUUCAAUGUUCAAACUUCAAACCUGUAAUCCAGUAAAAAAAAAAACCCUUUACCUUCUUGUUCCUCACCCACCUCUUUGGGGGUUAAUUGAAGCUGUUUCCUGUAAGACAUUUUUCCUGUCAUCAAUGGAAGCAAAAGAUGAUGACUACACCAGAAAAGACCGAGCGGUGUUGGUGACAGUUGUAGUCUUUGCUUCCCUUGCCGUUGCUUCUGUGUUUGUGGCCUUGAGCUACUAUUGUUACAUCCGGAACAAAGUCUCCAAGCGCUUGAAAACUACUAACAAAAGGAUUGAAUAUGAAGAAAGAGCUAGCAGUUUUCCAAGUCUUCAAGUUACUGCUGAGAAAGGGCUUCAGGUUUUCACCUUCAAGCAGCUACAAUCUGCCGCUAGUGGUUUCACAAAGUCAAAUAUAAUCGGGCACGGUGCUUUCGGGUCAGUAUAUCGAGGAGUGUUUCCAGAUGGAAGGAAGGUUGCCAUUAAGUUAAUGGACCAAGCUGGAAAGCAAGGAGAAGAAGAAUUCAAAGUAGAGGUGGAAUUAUUAAGUCGACUGCGUUCACCAUAUUUGCUACUCCUGAUUGGCUACUGCUCAGAAAGCAAUCAUAAAGUUCUCAUCUAUGAGUUCAUGGUAAAUGGUGGUCUGCAGGAGCAUUUGCAUCCUGUUGAUGGUUCUAGAAGUGUUUCUUCCAGCUUAGAUUGGGAGACUCGGCUGAGGAUAGCUUUGGAGGCUGCAAAAGGUUUAGAGUAUCUACAUGAACAUGUUAACCCUCCUGUGAUCCAUAGAGAUUUUAAAAGUAGUAACAUCCUUUUGGAUAAAAGUUUCCACGCCAAAAUUUCUGACUUUGGGUUAGCCAAGCUUGGAUCUGAUAAAGUUGGAGGGCAUGUUUCUACCCGUGUGUUGGGGACCCAAGGAUACGUAGCCCCAGAAUACGCACUAACUGGGCAUCUGACUACCAAAUCAGAUGUCUACAGUUAUGGCAUUGUUCUCCUAGAAUUGCUAACAGGCAGAGUACCAGUUGACAUGAAAAGGCCUCCAGGGGAAGGUGUGCUUGUAUCCUGGGUAGGUUCCAUAAUUAGCAUAAAUGUUCUGGUGAUUUUAGUCAGGAAUUUACUCCUUUUGUAUCUGAGUAUAUGUUUUUGCCAUUUUAGUUCUUGCUCUUAAGAGUUCUUUUCCUGUCAUUUAUGGAUUUGCUUCAUAGGCUCUUCCACGCCUUACAGAUCGAGAAAAGGUUCUGGAGAUCAUGGAUCCUACUCUGGAUGGUCAGUACUCAACAAAGGACGUGGUUCAAAUUGCAGCGAUUGCAGCUAUGUGUGUACAGAAUGAGGCCGAUUACAGACCACUGAUGACUGAUGUCGUGCAAUCGCUAGUUCCACUGGUGAAACACCAAAGACCGGCUUCAAGGGCAGGGAACUGCUCUAGCUCCCAUGCUACACAGUCUCCCAAGGCUUUAGUAUGAUCUUGUUAAUGCCAACCAUUUUCAAUCUGAUAAGACCGCACAACUAGAGUACAUCUCCGCUGGCGGCUAGUCUGGCACAGUAGGCAUCCUGUACUAUAUUUCUGAUUGAUGUAGUACGCCAAUGCUUAAAAAAUCCUGAUUAGGCGGUGUGUGACUUCGAGGAGUCACAGAUUGUUAGAUAUAUUUAUCCCGGUAGUCCCUAGCUUAAAAUCCACAAAAGGUAUUGCAGCUUCUGUUUUUGACAAAAAUGAUGAGUUGAUAAUGACUGGUAUUGACACUAUUGGCCAUGCGCUUGCUAGUGCAGAAGACUUCAGGGAUUUUUCUUCCCCAAAAGUCUUGCAUCAGGUUAACAGUUUUUGUUGCUUUCAGUUCUUUUGUGUAAGUCCACUUUUUGAUACUUUUCGUGCAUUAUUUGAUGUAAUUGGCUUAUCUCCAAGAUUAAUCGAACGAUAAGUUUGAUGAAAGG